AUGGAAAUGUUUGAAGAAACUCAACUCUGCUUUCCACAGCUUCUUAACUUCUCCUGCAGGAAGCCCAUACGACCUCACUCAGUAUCUAUACUCAUUUAUAUUACAUUGUCCUCCAUCUCUUUACUGACUGUGACUCUUAAUCUGCUGGUCAUCAUCUCCAUCUCACAUUUCAAGAAGCUGCACACCCCCACCAAUCUCCUCCUCCUAUCUUUGGCUGUCUCUGAUUGCCUGGUGGGUCUCCUGAUUUUAUUUCAAAUUAUGAUUAUAGAUGGUUGCUGGUUUCUUGGUGAAUUCAUGUGUAGUAUGUAUUUUCUCUUGGACUACAUUAUUACCUCUGCCUCAGUAGGAACCAUGGUUCUCAUAUCAAUUGACCGUUAUGUGGCUAUUUGUUACCCUCUCCAUUACUCUACCAAAGUCACCCCAAAAAGAACAAAAGCAUGUGUUUAUCUCUGUUGGAUUUGUUCUUCAGUCGACCAAUGUCUCCUGCUAAAAGACAACCUGGUGCAACCUGGCAGGUAUAAUUCCUGCUAUGGGGAGUGUGUGGUUGUUGUUGGCCAUGCUUUUGGAGUUGCAGAUCUAUUGCUGUCCAUUAUUGGUCCUGUCACUGUGAUUGUAGUUCUUUAUCUAAACGUAUUUGUUGUGGCUAUGACUCAAGCUCGUGCCCUGCGGUCACAUAUUGCAGCUCUGACACACGAGAGGUCAGUAAGUACAAAUGUUAAGAAAUCUGAAAUGAAAGCAGUAAGGACCAUCAGUGUUCUUAUCAUUGUGUUUCUAAUAUGUCUCUGCCCAUAUUACUGUGUCACACUCUCAGGUCAAGAUGCCAUGCUCAGUGCUUCAUCUGUUGCAUUUGUAAUGUGUUUGUUCUAUUUAAACUCCUGUCUAAACCCUCUAAUCUAUGCUUUAUUUUACCCCUGGUUCAGAAAAUCUGUUAAACAAAUUGUUACACUUAAAAUAUUGAAGUCUGGCUCCUGUGACACCAAUAUCAUGUACACAGAAUGA